AUGCCACCGCCUGCCGGUCGAUACGGGCCGUCCGGCAUUGCAGGCCCGUUCCCCCACCUCCAACAACCACAUCUCCAACAGCAACAGCAAUCGCAGCAGCUCCACAAUGCACACCCACAGACUGCUAGUACCGGGAUACCCCCUUCCUCCCUCGGUGGCCAUCCUGGAUUUGGUCCCGGCUCUUCGAAUUCAAAUAUCAAUCCCUUCUCGCUCCCUGGCGCGAAUGGCAUGACCUUGACCGGAUUCCCUUCCACCGGGGGUGCGGGCGGUGGUAUGCCUGAUGGAGGCGGGACGGGCCUGGCGAGCCAUGCUGCUCAAAUGGGAUUUUUGCGGGGCGCGCAAAUGCAGCAGCAGCAACAGCAACAGCAGGCUCAGCAGGGGCAAGCGCAUCUUGUGCACGAUGGGCGCUUAGUGAUGGACGGCAAGGCAGAUAAAUCAAGGAUACGGGAUGUAUGGAAGCAUAAUCUCGCGCAGGAAAUGGAGACACUGCGUGCAUUGGUAGAAAAAUAUCCAUAUAUCAGCAUGGUAAACUACCACUACCAGACCUUGCGGUGCAAUGUUGACCUACUGAAAAUGAUACAACUUGGAAUCACCUUGUUUUCGGCAGAGGGUGAGGUUCCUCCUGCCUAUCCUGCAGAUGGUACCCUGCAGCCCAAUGGAAACCAUCUCAUUCCGGCGCCGUGCACCUGGCAAUUCAAUUUUACUUUCUCUCUUGAGAAUGAUAUGUACGCACAAGAGUCCACUAGCAUGCUAGCGAAAGCCGGAAUCGACUUCACCAUGCACGAGAAGAAUGGAAUCGAUCCUCUGGAGUUUGGUGCUUUGCUAAUGACGUCUGGAUUGGUGUUAUUGGAUGACGUACACUGGAUCUCGUUCCAUUCUGGCUAUGACUUUGGCUAUCUGAUGAAGAUCAUGCUCUGCAAGCCUUUACCUGACGAUGAAAAAGAAUUUCACAAACUCCUCUCGAUUUUCUUCCCUUCCUUAUAUGACAUCAAAUUCCUCAUGAAACAUGCCGGUCGGAAUCAGACUGUGAACGGGUCACCGCUCAGUCAGGGCGCUGCACAGAUAAUAACCAACCUGGGGCAGAAAUCAGGGCUACAAGAUAUUGCGGAUGAACUGGGCGUCAAGCGAGUAGGGAUUGCACAUCAGGCUGGCUCAGAUUCGCUUGUAACAGGGGAAAUAUUCUGGAAGAUGCGCCAAUUGGUGUUCAAUGGAACCAUUGAUGAAUCGAAAUAUUCCGGUCAAAUAUGGGGACUGAACGGCCAGAUACCCGCGAUACCAUACCAUCCUAGCAACCAGCCCCAGCAAACUCCUAACCUGAACGGUGCCACGGUGUAUUCGAACGCUGCGACGCCGAGUACACCAAACACGGGACACGCAGCUUUGAAUAGCAAUCAAACUCCAGUUCCGCAAUCGCAUAUCAGCAGCAAUGUUGGCGCAAUGACUCCUGGCGGAGGUGGCGGCGUAUUUGGGGCAUUUCAGUUGGGGAGAACUUAA